CGUGCUCCUCUCAUAGUCCCAACUAUGUCCAGGUGUUAUUGGAUCAGACGGCACUGAUAAGCGAACAGAUCGGAAACUGCCGUCAUUAUAAAUAUCGAAGAGUUGCCAUCAUGCCAUACCUGUAUGUGGAAACAGCGAGGGAGAGAUUGUGCAGAGGAAGCAGGUUAAUGCUGGGCGGUCUGUGCAAUGGAACUCUAGUCCCCAGCGCUCUUAAAGCCGUCAGGGAGAGGACGCAUCACCAAACUGUCAAAAUUAUUUUUCCAGAACAAUCGACAGAUGCUGUCAUCUAUGUCACAGUGGUGGUCGUUUUCUAUGCAGCCAUCAUUCUUAUUCUCGUGGGAACAAACAUCCAUCGCUUUCGCAAGACUGCAGUAAAUUCAACAAGUGGAGGGCAAAAUGAAGUUCCAAAGCAUCAGGCUAUUGUAAGGUUGGACCAUAAGGAGAGAGCUUACCAGACCUCAGCCACUCCAGAGGAAAUAAAAGCUGAUGUGGAAAAUCAAGAGACGGACGGGGCUCUUGUAUGACAACGGAAAGUGCAUUUCACAAAAUAGUGCGCUCGAGAUUCAUUAAUGUUAUUGCCUGUUAGUGGUGGUGAACCGAAGAGUAAAUCUACGAAACUGUAUAGAUAGAAUCUUUUAUGUCAAAGUGUGUAUUUUGUAUUUAUGUCUCAAAUGUUGGUUUCAAGGUUUACAAAGUAGUCGUUUCAAAUCUCUUCUGUUUUAGUUCGUUAUUUUGAAAUAACUAUUGAAUGGGAAAUGGUAUCAUUUGUUUACAAGAAUAUGAAGGUGUAUGAGGCAAAUGAAUACCAAAUUCAUUAAUGACCAGUUCUGGAAUAGCUGUAGAACAUGAAUAUAUAUUUAUUUUUUCGCAAAACUACCAAACAAAAGAUUAUGAAGCGUUCGGAUAACAUAAUCUUAUGCAUCAUACAUUUAAAGGACAUUUAAAAAUAUUUUAUCGAAAAUAUAGAUAUUUCUCUAUAAUAUUGGUAUACAAAAGUAAAUAAAACAGAUGAAAUGCGAAAGUAUUUGUUAUAUAUAAAAAAUUAUCUAUCUCUACUUUCUAUAUAAUGUUUUAAAUAGUAAUAAAUAUUUUCUAACGAAGCAAAUUAUUAUAAAAUAAGGAAAUAAUCUAUUGAUAGAAAUUUUCUUCUUAUUGCCAAUAAAGCUUUUAAGAAUUCGUUUCAUAGCCUAACAGAAAGUUUCUUUCGUUAAAAACUAACAUACUAAUGUAUAUCUCUAAUUAGUUAAGUUAUGGCAAUUAAUUCAGUAAUAAUUUAUCCCUUUCCACAGUUGCGAAAUUUUUGAUUUUGUGAAAGUUAAGCUUUCAUAUUAUUUUCUCUUCCAUUAAUAAAAGUUUUGAUUUCUUUUUGGACUAUAUACUAAAUUUGAGUUGUUGCUGAAGUUAAAAUAUUCUUCCUCAGUAUAAUUUAGUAUUUAUUUUAAAAUUGCGACUUACUUUAUACUUCGUGUUGAAGACACGAAUACUAAGCCAGAAAAAUGAGGUGAUAAAUCUUUCAUUAAUCGAAAAUGAUUUCAUUCAUUUAUUUAUUGCACGUCUACCGUACAUAAAAAUCUGUCGAUUUUAGCAAUAAUUUUAAUACCAGUCUCAUCGUUAUACAAAUGGGCUUACAUAUCUCUUCUCAUAAAUUUACCACCGUCUUCUCGUUUCUUCUAUCAUGCUCAGAACCUAGCAUGCCAGUGGCGGGCCGUCACUAGAUUUGACGUAUCUGAAUCCGUCAAAUCUAGAGCUCUGACAUUUUAUGUGUUGACACUCUCAAGUAUAUUUUUACUUAAUUGACACUCUCAAGUAUAUUUUUACUUAAUCUUCAAAAGCAUUAAAAGAAACAUAAUUUUACUUCUUUUGAAACAGCGCGCAUUCGACUUUAAUCUGAUUUUUGCGGUUCCCGCGAAAGGGAGGACCGUGAAUGAGAUAAAUUCCGCAACAGAAGGAAGAGGAAGAAAGACCUUGUUUGUUUACCUUAGCAGUGCAUAAGCCACAUGAUCUCUGAGCUCAUCUACAUUCUGUGUUCACAUCAUUAGCUACACAUAAUUCACGUGAUGUCUGAGGUCUUCGGAAUGUAUCUCAUUGCGUUGGCUUGCCACAGGAAAGAUUAGCUGGCUUUCACCCCCCUUGUCGAUGGGAGACAUACCAUUAACUACUGGGGGUAGAUCACAGAAAAUUUUAAUUUUCUAACGAUUCUCAGGCAGCGAAAUUAAUUUACUUGUAGCGCUAUAUUUUAGUUCGUCUUAACGAAAGCUUUCUUAUAGUAUACGAAAGAAUUUAAAGUAAGAUAUAUUUAUGCAGUAAUUCCAACCUACAAAGAGGAGAAGCGGCACGAAAAGUUAUUCCUCAUGCAAGAUAUCAUUAAGAACUAUGUGAAAGCAACCUUUAAAGCUGUUUUAUGUCAACGCGCUGAUCAGCUGUCAAUGUCUCAACCCUACGGUUUCCAUUGCUUGUUUGCCAUAUUCUUUGGAAUAAUAUAUUAUUGAAACAGACAAAGAUAAUGAUAAUACGCAGAAUUACUGCGCCUAUUCUUAUUUGUACAAGCAUGAAAUAUUAUGCCCGUCAUUCCAAAGUGGAAUAUUACACAAUUUCAAAAUUAUUUUAAAAAAACUAAACAACGAUCUGUUUUCCCUUUCUUCUUAGAAUAAAUGUUUUUAACUAUUUAGUAUGACAUCCAUCGGAUUAAAAACAAUUAUAUUUAAUCAUUAAGGUAUAAUCACUUCCUCCUUUUAAACAAUUUUUAUAAAUUUAUGAGAUCACAUUUAUCGUUAUUGUACUUACUAUUCUUCAAAUUAUGACAUUAAUCCUUGUGUUUAAAAUGCAAUAAACCCUGUCGCAACGGUUACCUCUCUAAUGUGAACAUUUCUGAAACUAUUUCCGAGAACGUAAAUAAACACUGGUAAUGGAUUUUACAGUAUGAGACAGCCACCAACAGCGAUCGUGCGCUGUUGUCUUAGAGAAGAUUAUAAUUUUUCUCUAUACCAAUUUCUCUUCGGAAAAGACCACGGCACCAAAGAAGUUCUUUCAUGGCAAGCCAUCGUAGGAUUAAAUAUUCAUUGCAAAUUAAUGCGAAUCACAAGUAUUCUCACUUCAGCUGCUUUUUAAAUUAAGAUUUCAGCAUGUUACGACGAGUAUGAUGAGUGACUGCAAAACAUGCUAGAAGUUAAUUUUAUAACAUUUAUCCCUCCUAAAAUACAUUCCAAAAAGCAGAUUUGGGUUUUUUUUUUCAAGUCUUUAAUACAGAGGUUUUCAACCAGGAAAAAAUUACCCUCUGGCAGGAAGUUUAUAGUUUCAGCGGAGAAUGCAGCAGUCUUUUAUUUAACUAUUAAUCAUUCAGUUUUAGUUUCAUAAAUAUAAAAAAACCUCGUUUAUUCAAAUUUUGUUAUUUAUCAACAUUUUCUAUACUUUUUGUUUUUUGUUGUUUGUUUGUUUUUGUUGUUUGUUUAUAAAAACUCAUUAAAUGUAAUCAAAAUCUAUAUAAAUGCAUAUAUAUUUUGCGAGAUUUGAAAAAAAGAGGGUAUGACCUUCUAGCAAUUGUUAAAAGGUUGCAUGAAGCAAAGUAGGCGAGAACCACUGCUUUAAUAUUUAAUUGAAUUUUAUUUGCUACAGAAAUUCUGUCAUGUUUUUACAAAUAAAAUUGCUCUUUUGCUAAAUUUUCUCCUACAGAUUCUAAUUUUUGGCCGAGCUAUAUAUUUACAGAUUAUUUUUUUAUUAUUUAUGGACUGCAAAGUAAUCACCUCAAAUACGCAAAACAUUUACGCUAUCGUACCUUUAUAAGUAAUCAUUUAACGAAUGUUUGUAUAGUACAAAUUAAAGUAAAGGAUUUAAGUAUUUUAUAUUAGGUAAAGCAGAGUUAACGAAACAACGUUUAAUUUUAAGGUGAUUUGAUAAUCUUUCUGUAAUCCUAUUUUGCUUUCAAAUCUCUCCAAAUAUUCUUUUCUUUGUUUUUUAGUUAUGAAGGGAGUUACAAGAAAUUUUAAACUGCUAUCUGUGACUUCAUUACAUUUUAAAAUUGUUACACAUUUUAAAAUUGUUGUGUUUAAUUCAAAUUUAAUUUGACAUCUGUGACAUACAUUUGAAUCUUAAGAUUACAUUUUUUCCUCUAUGAAAAAUAAGAUUGGAAAUUUCGUAUGGUUCAUAUAAUUUAAUAGAAUAAUUAUACCUUUGUUACAAGAAAACUUCAAACUAAAUUAAGUAUAUUAUGAUGUUAUGGAAAAUAGUAAUUUAACUUAUUUGCCAAAGCAAGUUCAUUCCUAGCCCGAUAAGUUCCCCUUUCAGAAUGAGCUUGCAUGAUUUGUCCUUUGAUUCUACAUUUGGAUAUAAUCUAAGGGGUAUGUUUUGCAUAACUUAGUAACCAAAUUAUUUGUGACUUUCUAAAUAGUGAAAAAGUAAGAAUUACGGGUUCCUUGCAAUUGCAAUCUUAGUAAAUCACGAUACUUCUCCAAUUUCCCCAUCUUUAACUUCUAAUUACUUUAAAAAUAUUUUUAUAGAGUUAUAAUCCUAACAAUUAGAAAGAAUACAUCGUGGCACUGUACGGAAUUAAAAAUAAUUCUAUGAAACAAUUUGAAAACCCAUAAUGUCAAAUAAAAUACUGUUGGAAUUAUAGUAAUUCUUACACUAAUAAAUUAAGUAACUCUCCAGAUACUUUGGUAAAACGUUUGAUAGCAAAGUUGCCGUUGUACACCAGUAGGAUACAGUUAAAUAUAGCUUUCAGUUAAUAUGAGCUGUCAUUCUGAGAUUUGAAAUCCUAAAAGUAUUGUCCGAUUUUACUGUGCAUCAACGAAUGCGAGCAGACUUCCAAAAGACAAAUUUACUUCCAGUGUUAUAUAUAGUAUGCAAAUUUCUAUCAUCAAGGUUAUGUGUGCACAUCCCAUGGCUCAGAACCUGUAAUGUUUUCUUAUGAGGGUUUGCCAAAGAUACUGUUUUAGUACCUUCAUACGUUACUCAAGUCUACACUACACCAGUCUUUGGAUUUUAUGAUUUAUACUGAGUCAAUAAUUUGGCUUCUCUAUUUUAUGUCUUGGAUUUAAGCGUCAGAACACAGAACUAAUUAUUAAGCAAACCAUAACAUGUAUUUAAUUUCCUGUUUACAAUUAAUGAUAUUAGUAGGCUUGUAAAUAUCACGUAAAUUAAUUGGCAGCUGAGGUGAGUAAUACGUUAUGCUCUAUAGAAUAAAUUUUAAAACCUUUUUUUUUCUCUCAUUCAAAACAGCUUAAAUCCUAACCCCACAAAAUGAAUUACACAUUAUAAUGUUGAGCAUUAUCAGACAUUACAUUCAUUAACAAGACAGGAUGCUAACCUUACGAAAGUUUGAGGAAAUACGAAAGUUAUUUAACAUUUCUGCUAAAAUUGAAACAAGGAAUUUAGAUCAAAGCUAUAUUUUAAGAGAAAAGAAAGCCCAUAAAUUUCCUUAAAGUAAGAGAAAAUAAUUUCUAAAACUCUUCAAAAGCCACUGUAAUCAAAACAUUUGCAUUUAAUCUAUUGUUCAAUCUUAUAUAAUUAUUCUGCUAUUAUUAUCACAAACAUAUCAUAUGGGAUGUAUAAAAUUCCUAUUUGAAUACCACAAGCAGAAGGGAGAUUUGUAAUCAUAAAUUAUGUUUCAUAUCAAAUUUCGAGGGAAACAAAUUAUAUCUUCCUGGAUCUUCUGUAUUUAAAACAGUAUAUAAAUAAACGUUUGUUUCUAAUAA